UUUUGUUAUUUUCGGUCAAAAUUGUCAUUAGACCUUCUGCGAGAACGCUUUAUGAAGCCGAUAAACGCUAUUUCUCACCGGACUUCUUUUCCCGGUUUCCAGUUUCCAGUUUCCAGUUUCUACUACUUGGACACCGAUUACAGCCGGCCCCUUCUGCAGAUUGAGCGAACAAGAGGAGCAGAACCUCGUUGUUUAGAGUUAGCAGUUUCGUCUACGGCGAACGCCAGUCGUCAUGCACGCUCUAAUUCGCAAGUCCGCCGUUGCUCAUGUACGAGCCAACUCCAACUUCAUCCACAUUUCAACAUCUAAAGCUCCCUCAAUCAAAGAGACGGGCCUCUACGGCUUUCAUCAUUUGAAAACUCCCAAAGGCUUCCAACGAUUUGUUGACGAUGCUAUUGAGAGGUCACAAGAACUUGUGAACUAUAUCGCUGGCAUGCCCUCAUCUCCCAAAAUUAUCCGUGCAAUGGAUGAGAUUUCUGAUACUGUGUGCUCAGUAAUUGAUUCAGCUGAAUUGUGCAGACAUACUCAUCCAGACAGGGAGUUUGUUAAUGAGGCAAGCAAGGCAUCCUUGAGAGUAAAUGAGUUUUUACACUAUCUUAAUACAAACCAUAGUAUAUACAAGGCAGUGAACAAAGCAGAAAACGAUAGCAAUUCUCUCACACAUGAAGCGCAUAGGGCUGCCCAUUUUCUACGAAUGGACUUGGAGAAGGGUGGAAUCCAUCUUUGCUCUGAAAAACUGGAUCGAGCUAAUGAGCUUGCCAUUGACAUUAUUCAGUUGUCUAGGGAGUAUAAUGAAAAUAUUAUUACUGACCCAGGCCAUGUGGAUAUAUUUCCAGCUUCUAAGAUCCCUAAAAAAUUGCACCACCUUGUCAGCCCUAUCUAUCGUAACCUGCCAGGUUCAUCUAAGGGAUCUUGGGGGUUAAGAGAUAAAACCAAAGAAAAGGGAUUUCGCUUAGCAACUGAGUCAAGUACUCUGCAAGGCUUUCUUCAAUGUGCACCAGAUGCUGGGGUCAGGAAGGUGGCAUAUGUUCAAGGAAAUUCCGUUCCACAUGCAAACCUUGAGGUUCUUGAUAAGCUUAUUGCAACUAGACACGAAUUUGCACAGCUUAUGGGGCAUAAAUCUUAUGCUGAAUUUGCUCUGCAUUCUACUAUGGCUGCAUCUCCUGAAGUGGUCAUGUCCUUUUUGCUUGAGAUGAGCAAAGUAGUCAGACCCAAGGCUGAUCAAGAAUUUGAGACGAUUCAGGAUUUCAAGAGAGAGAAUAGUGGUGAUCAAGAUGGAGGGUUGGAUCCAUGGGAUGAGGCAUACUUCACGUGGUUGAUGAAGUCUGCAAAAUACAAGUUGGACUCCUCGGUUAUAGCAUCAUAUUUUCCUUUACAACAGUGUAUUGAAGGUUUGAAGGUUUUGGUUGAGUCACUAUUUGGUGUGACCUUUCAUGGAGUACCCCUUGCACCUGGUGAAUCAUGGCAUCCUGAUGUGAUGAAGAUAGUGUUACAUCAUCCUACUGAGGGAGACCUGGGGUACUUAUACCUCGAUCUAAAAUCAAGAAAAGGUAAACAUCCCAUCUGUGCUCAUUUUGCUAUCCGAGGAGGGCGGCGAGUUUCUGAGACAGAAUACCAACUUCCUGUUGUAGCGCUUGUUUGCAAUUUCUCUGGGUCGAGUUUGGCUCCGGUGAGGCUUAACCAUUCUGAAGUAGAAACACUUUUCCAUGAGUUUGGGCAUGCUCUACAUUCAUUGCUUUCAAGAACGGAAUACCAACACUUUUCCGGUACGAGGGUGGUUCUUGAUUUUGCUGAAACGCCUUCAAACCUAUUUGAGUCCUAUGCCUGGGAUUAUCGGGUGUUAAAGACGUUUGCUAAACACUACUCAACUGGUGAUAUUAUUCCCAAAGAACUUGUAGAAUCAAUGGUGGGAGCUAAAAAGAUGUUUGCUGCAACUGAAUUGCAACGCCAGAUUCUCUAUGCACUAGUUGAUCAAACACUCUUUGGGGAGCAGCCAUCCACGGGGAUAGAUACGAUGGCAAUUGUUGCAGAUUUAAAAAGACAACAUACAAGUUGGACUCAUGUGGAUGGAACACAUUGGCAUACCCGAUUCAGUCACCUUACAAACUAUGGCGCAGGUUAUUAUAGCUACUUGUAUGCAAAAUGCUUUGCCACGAGUAUCUGGCAAAGGAUGUGCCAAGAGGAUCCUUUAUCAUUGGACACUGGUUUGGCUUUAAGAACAAAAUUCUUGCAGCAUGGAGGAGCCAAAGAUCCAGCUGAUAUACUGAAUGAUCUUGCUGGGAGUGGCAUUGUAAGGAGUUGCCAUGGGGGAAUAAUACCGGACAUUACAAGCCUUUGCAAGGAAAUGGAACUCUUGAAAUGCUAAAACGAGUUCUAACCCCCGCAUUGAGAAAACGUAUUCCCUCCCCUGUACUAAACCAUGAAGAGGCCAUGUAGUUGUGAGUUGGAGUUGAUUUUAAAAGAAGCUUUCCAUCGUAAUAACAACUGAAUAGCGCUGAUAUGGUGAUUUCAUCAUGGCCAGCAUGUCAUUCUUUAAGAUGGCGUUCAGAGAAAACAUCUCAUGGCCAGAGUAUUUAUUGAGCAAUUCUUCGGAGAGACUACUUAUGUGCAUUUUGAUUGAUUUUUGCUUAAUUUGGAUAGUGUUUUUAUAAUCUGAUAAAACUGAAGAGAUGUAAUGAUGCUAGGAGUAUAUCAACAACAUAUCCAGUGUAAUCUCACAAAAGUGGAGUUUGAGA